UACCAACCCCAUUGCCAUUUGUAAGAAAAAACUUUGAUUGACUUCCUCUUACCAACAUUACUAAUACACCAACCCAAUUCAAAUCCACCCACUUAGCUUCUUUUCUUGAAGGCAAAAAAAAGCCUUCAUUUUUCUUGUUUGAAACCAAAGUUAGCAACAAAUGGGUAGUCAAGGAAAGGUUUAUACUUUGGCUGAGGUUUCUGAACAUAACACUCCCAAAGAUUGCUGGCUUGUUAUCGAGGGCAAGAUAUUUGACGUGACAAAAUUCUUGGAAGACCAUCCUGGUGGCGAUGAGGUUUUGUUGUCAGCCACAGGGAAGGAUGCUACCGAUGAUUUUGAGGAUGUCGGGCACAGUAGCAGCGCAAGGGCAAUGAUGGAUGAAUACUACGUUGGUGAGAUUGACUCAUCAACUAUUCCUUCUAAGAAAGCAUACACUCCUCCUAAGCAACCACAUUACAACCAAGAUAAAACAGCUCAGUUUAUUAUCAAACUCCUUCAAUUCGUAGUUCCACUGCUGAUUUUGGGUUUGGCUGUUGGUAUCCGUUUCUAUACAAAAGAAAAGGAAGCUUAGUGCUGAAACAAAGGGACAAUGCAUCGAACAUAUGAUCGAAAUAAGCUUGUGUUAGUAAACUUCUUACCUCUUUAGGACAUUUAUUACUGUGAUGAGAAUGUGUUUCUUCUUUCUGUAAGCUCUCUUGAUGCCAUCCUUCUUUUUCUUUCGUUUGUUCUCCUUAAACGCUAUUACUAAAGAUUGCAUUGCACCCUUUCGGAGUA